AUGGAAGGAGGUUCUAGUAGGUUGCCUUCGGAAGAGGUGUAUGCUCCAUUUGAGGAACCCAAUACUUGUAUUACGGGAUCAGGUGAGAGACCGGAUUGUAACCAAUCAGUAAUACAGAAUGUGAAGAGCUCAUUAAAUCUAUGGCCGAGUAUUGAUCAAACGUUGGCCCCUAUAAUUGUGAAGAACUAUUAUAACUCCUGUAUGAUGGGUGAGAGUAACUUGGAUUAUUAUGACCCUUGUAAAUUUUUUUAUUUUUGGUUGGGCAGUCAAAUAAGGGGCAAAUUGCCUAGCGGGAUCCCAUUUGGGACUUCUAUGAGUGCAAUUUACAUGCAGCUGAGCAGUUUAAGUUCUAAGCACAAGUGCAAGCUUUUCUACUAUGAUAAUAAUGACUUGGAAAUUUUCAAACAUGCCAAAGAUCUGCACGAUUUUGAAUAUAAUAUUAAAGCUCUCGAGGCAGGGAAAAAAGGAAAUUGUAAUGACUACUCUUCCACCUAUACCAACUAUAACACAAAUCUUACUGCAGCUCAAACUGCAUAUGAAUGGUUAUGUAAGAAGUGCGGAAGUUUGUCAGGGUAUACGUAUUGUCAGGAAUUUGAUGAUAAAUAUAGAAAAAAUAAGCUGAGUACAAAGUAUAAGAAUUUUUCAGAAUUAACUUGUACUGACGCAUCAUCUAAAAAGGUCGAAGCAAAAAAAGAAGAAUCAGAAUCGGAAGAAGACGACGAUGAUUAUGAUGAGGACAACCCCCUAUUGAACAUAGAAGAAAUAGAGGUAGACGGACCUUUGAGUACAUUACCUUCCAGGAAAGACUACUACAAAUUGUUUGAUGAAGGCAUGAGCAAAUGUAAUGGGGAAGAUUGGUCUUGGCCCAAUCAAAUCAAGGCUGUAUUAGAGGAUGAUGAUAAGAUUAAGGACCAUGCGGUGCAAAUUUCGAAGGCCUUGUGCCACGUAUAUGGGGAAAAGGGGAAGGACAACCAAACUAGGAAGCUCACGGAGGAGUAUUGUGAUUUUUUCUAUUUUUGGGUAGGAAAAAUGUUCUGGAGUAGUACAAAUAAACAAACAUUCAAAGAAAUUAUGGAAAAAAUUAAAGUUGCUGUGGGACGCAGUGAAACUGAACAUGGUUGUUCUUUUCGCUUUCCAAUUAAGGGAAGAAAUUAUUUUUUUCACAGUAAAAUUUUAUUCGAUUAUUACGAAAACAAAGAUGAUAUGAAAACUCGCUUACAGCAGAUCGGUGAGGACGUUGCCUCAAAGUGUGAUGAUCCAUACUAUAAGUACUUCCUUCAAGCACAUGAAGCAUAUAAUUAUAUGAACCAAAAAUGUCCAUCGGCAGAUAAGAAAAGCACUAAUAAUGAGUGGUGUGCAAAAUUUAAAGAAAUAUAUGGAGAUUGUACUAAUGGAGGUGAGGAUGAUGGAAAAUCUCAUUGUAAAGUGGCAAGGACACCACUACCAUCAUCAGAACAAUGCAAUAGUCACUCCAAACCGGACACACUAGACACUACAUCUUCCUCUACUGCUAACGACACCAAUUCUGUCACACCUGGUGUUGUAGCUGGUAGUACAUUGGCAACAGUUGGAUUACCAGCAAUCGGUUUCUUUUUAUACAAAUAUACUUCCCUAUUUGAUGGAAUAAAAAAAUCCCUCUUUGGUGGCAGCAAUAAUACAGGAGGAAGGAGUAGGGGAAGAAGAUCUACCAUUGGACGCCAACACUUUGACGACACUUCCACAGACAAUGAUUCUUCCACAAUGGGAGACGGUUCAUCCACACUAGGGGACGACGGUUCCACCACCCUCGGUGGUGGUGGGGAAUCGUCCACUUUAAGUGGUAGCUCCACCGAUAUUUCUACCAUCUAUGAGGAUGGUGAUGGAGGACGACGACGAUCAUCACCACCAUCUAGGAAACCAUAUAAUACACAAGAAAAUCGAAAUAUACGUUAUCAAAACAUAUAA